GUAUCUCCGGAUCAACCAGUGCCUCGGGAACAGCUAAUGCCCCAGAGAGUUCGGGCAUUUGGGGCGGUUUGACCUUCACUUAUGAGCCCCAAAGCGCCGUCGUGUCGAAGGGGUCGCCGGCGUGGCUCCAUUGCGCGGCGAGAGUUUCGGAAGGGCACCCGGCGCCGACGCUAGCGUGGCAGAAGGACGGGUAUCCAGUGGGAAACGAAUAUGAUGGAAGGAGAACCAUCCUGGCGAACGGCACCCUCUACCUCAAGUGGACAAAUGGGCCCAAGUCCCCUUCGCCGGACGAGGGCGUGUACCAGUGUGUGGCGUCUUCCUAUGGGGUCGGCAGAAUUGUGUCGAGGGGCGCCAACCUCUCUGUUUUAGCCCUGCAGAGGUUCGAGGAAGAGCCCGAGGACGUGGAAGUCUUCGAGGGCGAGAGGGCGCGUUUCCCCUGCUCCUUGAGGGGGACGUCUGGGGGGGUAGGGGGGGAGAGGAGAGGGGGGAUGGGGGAUGUGUUUGGAAGAGGAGGAGGAGAAGGAGGAAUAGGAGGAGGAGGAAUUUGGGAAACGGGUUCUUCUUCCUCGUCUUCUUCCUCGUCGCUUGCUCCUCCUAUGUCUUCUUCGUCCUCUUUAUCUUCUUCUUCUUCUCCUUCUUCUUCUUCUUCUUCCGUCUCUUCCUCUUCCCUCUCCGUCAGCGUCUCGUGGUUCAAGGACAGCCAGCCUUUGGAGGUCGACUCGAGGAUGACUCUCCUCCCCUCGGGAGCGCUGGAGAUCGAGAAUGUCGUGUCAUCUGACGAGGGCGAGUACUACUGUCACGCGUCAAGCUUCGACAAGACCAAGGUGUCACACACAGCCACGCUCAGGGUAAGGUUAUUUGGGACACUUGACACAUCAGGGUUUAUGGCACUUAAUACAUCAAAGUUUAUGACACUUGACACAUCAAGGGUUUAUGACAUUGGACACAUCAAGUUUAUGGCACUUGACACAUCAAGGUUUAUGUCACUUGGCACAUCCAGGUUUAUGACACUUGACACAUCAAG